GAUGGCGGCGCUCAAACUCCUCUCUACCGGGCUAAGGCUCUGCGCCUCUGCCCGUGGCUCCCGGGGCGUCUGGUCCAAGGGAUGUGUUUGCUACUUUUCAACCAGCACUCGUCGUCAUACUAAAUUUUAUUCAGAUCCAGUGGAAGCUAUAAAAGACAUCCCUGAUGGUGCAACGAUACUGGUUGGUGGUUUUGGGCUAUGUGGAAUUCCAGAGAACCUUAUAGGAGCUUUACUAAAGACGAGAGUAAAGGGGCUAACUGCAGUCAGCAACAAUGCAGGGGUCGACGACUUUGGCUUGGGCCUUUUACUUCAAUCCAAGCAGAUAAAACGCAUGAUUUCUUCUUACGUGGGAGAAAACGCAGAAUUUGAACGGCAGUACUUAGCUGGUGAAUUAGAAGUAGAGCUGACACCUCAGGGCACACUUGCAGAGAGGAUUCGUGCAGGUGGGGCUGGAGUUCCUGCAUUUUACACCAGCACAGGGUAUGGGACUCUGAUACAAGAAGGAGGGUCACCGAUCAAAUACAACAAAGAUGGUAGCAUUGCCAUUGCCAGUAAGCCAAGAGAGGUGAGGGAGUUUAAUGGUCAGCAUUUUGUUUUGGAGGAAGCAAUUACAGGGGAUUUUGCUUUGGUGAAAGCCUGGAAGGCAGACCGAGCAGGAAACGUGAUUUUCAGGAAGAGUGCAAGGAAUUUCAACUUGCCUAUGUGCAAAGCUGCAGAAACCACAGUGGUAGAGGUUGAAGAAAUUGUGGAUAUUGGAUCAUUUGCCCCAGAAGACAUCCAUAUUCCUAAAAUCUAUGUACAUCGCCUUAUAAAGGGAGAAAGAUAUGAGAAAAGAAUUGAGCGUCUGUCAGUUCGGAAAGAGGAAGAUGGAAAAACCAAAUCUGGUAAAGCUGGAGAUAACACAAGGGAACGUAUCAUCAAGCGGGCAGCUCUUGAAUUUGAAGAUGGCAUGUAUGCUAAUUUGGGCAUCGGAAUCCCUCUCCUGGCCAGCAACUUUAUUAGUCCAAAUAUGACUGUUCAUCUGCAAAGUGAAAAUGGAGUCCUGGGUUUGGGUCCAUAUCCAUUAAAAAGUGAAGUUGAUGCAGAUCUAAUCAAUGCAGGCAAGGAAACAGUUACUGUUCUUCCAGGAGCCUCUUAUUUCUCCAGCGAUGAAUCAUUUGCAAUGAUUAGAGGGGGACAUGUUGAUCUAACAAUGCUAGGAGCGAUGCAGGUUUCCAAAUAUGGUGACCUGGCUAACUGGAUGAUUCCUGGAAAGAUGGUGAAAGGAAUGGGAGGUGCUAUGGAUUUAGUGUCCAGUGCCAAAACCAAAGUGGUAGUCACCAUGGAGCAUUCUGCAAAGGUAACACAUACUCUCAUUUCAGAGUGGUGCUAUUUGCAUAUUCCCAACACACCAAAACUUAGUACACCAGAUCACCUGACCAUGACUAUUAUUGUUUUCUCUGGUUCAUUCAAGUUGAUAACGUUUAUAUUUUAG